AUGCGUCGUACGUUCUGUCGCCUUUCAACCCUCGUCAAAAUAGGCCGUGGUGCGGAGAACGUGACGGAGACCGCUAGCAACGCGCUGCUGGAGUCCCUUCAGCUCCACGGCUACUGCUACGUGCAGCACCCGUUUAUCCAGAAGGAGAUUUUGGAUCAGCUCCACCGCGACAGCCGCAUCUUUUUUGAGCGCUAUCUUCUGGAUCUCCCGCCACCAGCACCAGCGGUAGCGGCGAAGCAGACGAGCCCGCCGCGGGCCGUCGUGCCCUUGUCCCCAUACGAACUGGAGAGCAUCAAGACACCCUCUGGCUUUCGCGGGCACUACCGCUAUGUGGGUGCGAGCGGAAUCGACGACGCGAUUGAGUGCUUCUCGGUUGGCCGCGAGGUGCCCAACCCGGCGGAGUUGCGCGAGCCGUACUACAAGCNGAGCGGGUGGAACGAGGAGGAGUACAAGCCGCUCAUUAGCCGGCAGAACCCGUGGCAUGUGCUGCUCAACCACCCGAACGGCCGCGGCGAGGGCGGCGGCGCCGACUGCUUCAUGGCCGACUACCGCGAGAUGAUGAUGGCGUACUACGACCUCUGCGUGGAGGUGUCGCUCGACGUGCUGCGGCACAUCAGCUGCGGCCUCGGCGUGCGGCCGACGAUCCCGCAGGGCGGCCCCGACCCCGCGAGUGGCUACGACCUCGACUUCUUCACGCCGUUUCACGGCCGGCUCGACUUCGAUCUGCAGGCGAAGUACUACCCGCAGCUGGGGCAGGCGGUGCGCGCGCGGAAUGGCGUGGAGAUCACCAAUGCGCACUCCGCGUCGAAUCCGCGCGGUGCGAAGGUGUUGCGGCGCAAAGGCGCCGUCGCGCAGCCGCACGUGCAGGACGGCGACGCGGAGGGCGACGUGACGCUGCGACUCGACACACACAAGGACCUGAGCACCGUCACCCUCCUAGCGCAGGAUGCCCUCGGUGGCCUCGAGGUGUGGGACGAUGAGGAGGAGAAGUACGUCGCGGUGCCGGUGCUCAACGACGCGCUGCUUGUCAAUGCGGGUCUUUUCCUCGAGAAGUGGACCGGCGGACUGCUGGAGGCCACGCCGCAUCGUGUGCGCAAUGUGAAGGGCGGGCAGAGCCGCUGCAGCGUCGUCUUCUUCUGCCUGCCCAACCACGACGCCAAGGUGGAGCCGCUGCUGCAGCAGGACGAGAAUCCCUCACUCGACGCGCAGGAGGGAUUCUACGCGGGGGACCUUAUGCCCACCUCGCAGUGA